AUGCGGGAUGAUGUGCGGGAAGCUCUGCUGCUCUUCACGUUUCUCAACGACACAGCCAGCCAGCUCACCUACCACGGCCUCUUCAGCCUACAGGAGGGAGUGAAGGAGAAUCAGCUCUGCGUGUUCUUCCGCAAUAAUCAUUUCAGCACUCUCUUUAAGCGCACCAACCACAUCUACCUGCUGGUCACCGAUCAGGGCUAUCUGAACCAACCAGGCGUGGUGUGGGAGAGGCUGGGGCAGGUGGAGGGAGACAACACGCUCUGUGAGGGGGACUUCACUCCCUUUGCUCCUCCGCCAUCUCUGGCCCUGGCUCACGGGGCCGAGGGGGUUGCUGGGCAGUGGACGCAUGAGGACGAUGCUGCCAUUGCCGCCGCUGCCGCUGCUGGCAUGGAAGGAUUGGAGCUCGUCCCAGGCAUGGACGCAUACCA